CGAAACUCGAAUGUUUACUUUUUGAGCGAGUGUGUGUGAGUGUACGAAAAUGGCAGAGGCCAGUAUUUCAGUAGAUCAGGAUCAGUUCAGCUGUGCAGUGUGUCUGGACCCUUUGAAGGAUCCCGUGACAACUCCCUGUGGCCACAAUUACUGUAAGGUGUGUAUUAAUCGCUUCUGGGAUCAGGAGGAUGUAAAGAGAGUCUACAGCUGUCCUCAGUGUAGAGAGACUUUCGCUCCAAGGCCUGUUCUACGCAGGAACAACAUGCUGGCUGAAAUGAUGGAGAAACAAAAUAACACUGAACUCCAAGCUGCAUCUGCUCCUCACUGUAACGCUGGACCUGGAGAUGUGGAGUGUGAUUUCUGCAUCGGGAGAAAACGCAAAGCUGUUAAUUCCUGUAUGGUGUGUCAGGCCUCCUAUUGUGAAGAUCAUCUUCAACCUCAUUAUCAGUCUCCUGCCUUUAAGAAGCACAAGUUAGUGGAAGCCUGUGCAGAGCUUCAAGAGAAGAUCUGCUCUCAGCACAAUAGACCAAUCGAGAUCUACUGUCGUACUGACCAAAGCUUCAUCUGUUAUUUGUGUAUGAUGGAUGACCAUAAAGGUCAUGAAACAGGUUCAACUAAAGCAGAAAGAAAUAAAAAGCAGGAUGAACUGAAGGGAGAGCAGGGGAAAUCCCAGCAGAGAAUCAAGGAGAAGCAGAAGAAGGUUCAAGAGCUAAAACAGACUGUGGACACUAUUAAGAUGCAUUCACAGGCAGCAGUAGAGAAAAGUGAAAUGAUCUUUACUGAGCUGAUCAGCCUUAUGGAGAAAAAGCGCUCGGAGGUGACGGAGUUAAUUAGAGCUCAGGAGAAGGCUGAACUGAGUCGAGCUGAACGACUCCUGAAGCAACUGGAGCAGGAGAUUGCUGAUCUUAAGAGGAGAGUCACUGAGCUGGAGCAGCUUUCACAAACACACAAUGACGUCCACUUCCUCCAGAGUUUCCCGUCUCUCUGUGUUUCUCCUGGAUGUGAGGACGCACCCAGCUUCACUGUCAAUCAACAUCUCUCAUUUGAUGGAGUGAGGAAAUCUCUCUCAGAUCUGAAAAAACGAGUCGAGGAAAUCUGUGAGGAGGAAUUCAACAAAAUCCGUCCACAAGCUGCAGCAGUUCAGAUAUUACCUCCACAAAUGGAAAGCAGAGAGGGUUUUAGGCAAUAUUUUAGAUUUUUGACUCUGGAUCCCAACACAGCAUACGGUCAUCUCAUUCUGUCUGAGAAGAACAGAUCAGUGACACUCAGUAAGACAAGACAGCAAUACUCAGAUCAUCCAGAGAGAUUUGACUCCUGGGCUCAGGUGUUGUGUAAAGAGAGUGUGUGUGGACGCUGUUACUGGGAGGUGGAGUGGAAUGGUAGGUUAGUGGCCAUAUCAGUCUCAUAUAAAGAGAUCAUCAGGAAAGGACGGGAAAACAACCUUUUUGGACGCAAUAGUCAUUCCUGGAGUCUGGAGUGUUUUCCUUCACAUGGCUGUUUCCACCACAACAAAAGUAAGACUGAGCUCCGAGGUCCAGCGUCCUCCAGAAUAGGAGUGUAUGUGGAUCACAGUGCAGGAACUCUGUCCUUUUACAACGUCUCUGACAUAGGGCUGACUCUCCUCCACAGAGUCCACACCACAUUCACUCAACCUCUGUACGCCGGGUUCUGUUUAGGUAAAAUCUCAAGUCUAAGGUUAUGUGACUUAAAAUAAACGUUUAGUUAAAGGGUUUACAAAAAUUUUUAUUAAUGUUUCAGAUUCAAUUUGGUCCUAAGAUGUGUGCAUAAAAUUAAUCACAUUAUUAUUAUUAUUAUUAUUAUUAUUACAUAAUAUGUACAUACACACAUCAUGUAAAUUAAUGUAAAAGCAAUACAGGCUUUUUUUAAAGUGGUCUUUUUGUAGGUCAACAUACACUUUUAAAUGGAUUUCAAGUUUCAUGCACAUGUACAUUUUCUGGGGCAAAAUUACACAUACAUGUAUGUGUACAUACAGGGUCAACUUUUUUAUCGAAAGCGCAUGUAGUAUUUGCCCUUAUAUACUAAUAUAUACCCUUAGCAACCUUCUCAUUAGUAGAUACUUAAGGUCACCCUUUCCAAGCUUCUGGCUGCAUAUGUGCCCAGUUGCCUUGUUAGAUUUAAUAGAGUUCAGUUAAAUAUGUUGGUUUCCUGAUUCAGACUUAAUUUUAAAGCAUGGUCCACAAGUUUUUAAUAGGGUUACUGCUCUAAAAACUUAAAGUUCACCUGCUUUAUCCAUUCGACACCAAGCCAUGUUGUAUGUUUGGGGGCAUUGUCACUGUUGGAUCACUCAAUUUUGUCCAUCUUGUACGUGUCUAUCUGAUGAUUUAAGGGUUUGCCGAAGAAUUCUGAAGUUCUCCAUCAUAUCCACCAGCAGUGUUGGAAUUAAUUUGGAAAUGUAAUAGCUGACAGAUUACUGGUUACCUUGUUAAAAUGUAAUGUAGCUACAGUAUUUCAAUUACUUGAUCAAAGUAAUGUACCUUAUUACAAUUCUCUUUCCAGUUUGACAUCAAGUAUUUUAAUGUUGACAGCAUUUUCAAUGCUCCUGAAUACUGUUGAAUUUCCAGCACUGAAACUUAUAUAACAAGCAUGGCAAACCCGGGUUGCUUGGAGCAAUGUACAUUAAUUUAACUGGCAAAUGGGAAGUGAUGCACCAGAAACAGUGCUGAAAAUUUGAGCACAUAUUGUCAAAUUAACAGAGCCUUUGUCCCGGUGGUAUCCAGGACAAUGGCAAAAGUAGUCGUUCCUGCUUUGCAAAAAGAUUAAAAGAUUAAAAAGCUUAAUGCAUGUUGUAGACUGCAUAAAAUAUUUUGAUUGAAAAUAAUAUAUCUGGAUGUAACGCCUUUGUAAUCAAAAACAAUUUGAUGAGCAACUCCAAUUACAUUUUUUCAUUAAUUUUAUUUUGUUUAAUUUGUUAUUUAUAACAAUGUAAUUUAUUUAAUAAUUGUGUUAUUCCUUAAGACACCUUAAGUUACUGUAAAUUUAAAUGAAAAGCCUAAUAUUGCCAUAAUAUUCAUGUUAAUGUACAUUGUCUAUAAACCUCUGACUGUAUUAUUUUGAAAUGCAUCCAUUCUAAAGGUUAAUACAAAAUGUUUUGAAAUCAAACUAUUAAACUGUAUUAUUUUUGCUAUAUACAGUUUUUUUCUCAGAUCUGGAGUUAUAUUCCUGUAUAGCUGCCAUUGUUACACACCGUAUACAAAAAACAAAAAAACAAAACUGAGCUGCAUGCACUAUAAGCUAAUUUAUUACACCCCAAUAAAAAAAUUUAAUUUCUCAUGAAUGACAAGUAUUACUUUUACUUUCUUAA